CGAGCAGUCAACUUCUAUCAAUUGCGCCGAUACUACUUUGUUGCCAGAGCCUCACUUUCGUCCACCAACGCCUGUGUCUUCGCCCUCUUCUUCCCAUUCUUCCCAUCCUUCUCAUCUCAAAACAAUGAUAACCCGUUUCCUAACCGACGUCCGUUUAAAAUUUAACCCCUUCUCUCCGCGCUCCAAAUCCGCGCGACUCUUCCUCUCCCUAAUACCGCCGAGUGCCCGAGUCGAUGGAAUGAAGAUCGAGUCGAAAAUGCUUCCAAGACACAGCAAAGAGCCUGCAUCUCUAGCCCUAAAGUUUAAAGAUGGCAAAGAGAUGGAUCUUGAGCUCGACAAAAUGCGCAUAACAGAGGUCAUGGAGCGGGUGGACCGACAUUCGCGGCUGCUUGCGAGGAAGGAGGAGUUGCUGGGAAACUAAAGGGUUGAUCGAUAUUUUGUGGGCCUUGACGACCUGUACAAUUACUUGUAUUGGACGAGGCAUGCAUUACGUGGAGUCACGGCAUGGCGUACGACUUUGAUAUCAUGAGCCAAAGCUUUUGCUUUUCGUGUGGAUCUAUAGGAUCCGUGCCAUCUGAAUUUGGCAUAUUGAAC